GCGCAUGCGCGGGCGGCUGCCGGGUGCGGCGGAGCGAGGGGCAGCGGGGCCAGCGGGGCCGGGGCGCGGAUGGCAGGGGGGCUGCGCCAUGUUGCGGUGGCUUGUGGCGGUGCUCAGUCACUCCUGUUUUGUUUCCAGGGGCGACAACAUGUUCUACGCGGUGCGCAAGGGCCGACGGACGGGCGUCUACCGUACCUGGGCGGAGUGUAAGGAGCAGGUGAACAAGUUCCCAUCCGCCAGCUUCAAGAAGUUCGCCACCGAGAAGGACGCCUGGGCCUUCGUGGGCUCCGAGCUCCCGGGGCGGCAGCAGCCCAAGCCGGCAGGGGCAUACAGCACCCUGGCUGUACCACAGGAAAAUAGCCAGAAAGAGGAACCAAAAAUAAGUACCUUGUGUUGCAGUACAUGCAAAAGGCCAUAUGACGAGUCUACAAGUGAAGAACAUGUAGCAAAGCGUGUAAAACAUGAGAUGCCAACAGUCAGUGAAGAUAAAUUUUCAUAUAUGGGUGACUUUGCAGUUGUUUAUACAGAUGGUUGUUGCUCAGGUAAUGGACAUAAUAAGGCACGUGCUGGAAUAGGUGUCUACUGGGGACCAGGACACCCAUUAAAUACCAGUGAAAGACUUCCUGGACGGCAGACUAAUCAAAGAGCUGAAAUACAUGCAGCCUGCAAAGCAAUAGAGCAAGCAAAGAGUCAAAACAUCAAGAAACUAAUUAUCUACACUGAUAGCAAGUUCACUAUUAAUGGCAUUACAAGCUGGGUUGACAACUGGAAGACAAAUGGCUGGAGAACAAGUUCAGGAGGAAGUGUAAUCAAUAAAGAAGAUUUUGAAAGACUUGAUAAUCUAUCAAAAGGCAUAGAAAUUCAGUGGAUGCAUGUUCCUGGUCAUGCUGGCUUCCAAGGAAAUGAAGAAGCUGAUAAACUAGCAAGAGAAGGAGCUAGUAAACAGAUGUCCUGACAUACUGGGACCUGCAGGAUUGUUGCAGUCAGAGGAAAAGGACUAACGUCACAGUGACGACUUGAACUGCUUCAGUUGUUUGCAGUUGAUCUUUGAACUGUACUUUGUUCUGGCUUGAAGUGUUAAACAUAUACUGACUUCUGGGGACAAGAAAAAAGCAUCAUCUUUUACAGUGCUUGUUUUGCAAUCAAGUCAAUAUUCAGUCAAUGGUAUAGAUUGCUUUCUAUCCAUCUUGCUGAACGGCUGCCAUCAGUGUUUUUAGCUGUCUUGUAGACUUCUGAAUUCACUGUGAAGACAGACUGCUGAAGAAGUAAUGCUAAAUCUUAAUCCUAAAUGUUCUGUGUUUUCCUCUUAUUGAAAUAAAAUAAUUUUUGUACAGAGGUCUAUAGUAACACCAAAAUAGUUGGAGGUCGGGGGGGAAAUCAUGGUUGGUUGGUUUAGUUCAAGGUCAGUGACCUAACUCUGAGAUACCCAUUGGUGUGCUUUGGCAUUUUGGCACUAGCAAUAACCUCCCUACAGAUCAUCUCUUAGCCUUCUCCUGUGCCUUCCAGUAUCAUCAGUUACAGCAUCUUUAGAUUUCUUGGUGAUGUUAAUUACUAUUGCAAGGUAGCAUGAAAAAACUAAAAAGCCAGGUUGAAAAAGAAAAAAAAAAAGCUUGAACAGUGACAUUUUAUAGAUCUUCCUUCAGUUGCUCAGUGUCUUUGGUUUUGGCUUCCUGUUUCUAUUUUUUUUUUUUCCUACACAUACUGGUUCUUACUAGCAUUUGUUGCUUCUCUUCAGUGUUGUCCCAAAGGCAGUAAGUGGCCAUUUUAUCUGAAAUGGAACUAGAAGGUUUUUUUUUUUUUUCUGGUGAAUGAUGAAGCUAAUGGAGUGGUUACUGUGCACUUGAAUUGGAGAGUAGUUACCAGUAAUAAAAAGUUUGAUUUUUCUAUGUAUCUGUGCAGGAAGAGGAAACAUGUUUGUUAUGUUACCUUUUUACCUUCAUACCAUUGAAUUGUAUGCCUUAAGCUAGAAGUUAAAGAAUUUUUUUUUCUGAAUUUGUUAGUUGAUAUGCAGAAUGGCAGAGGUUCUGAAGCUUAGUUUCUUGAUAGUUCUUGUGCACUGUAAUAUUUUUACUAUGAGAGUGUGAGCUCUUAAUGUAUUUAGAGUUCCAUGAAUUGCAAUAGAAUGAAGAAGCUGGAAUAGAUGAGUGAGGUUUUUUAAGUUUUUCUCUCAUCUAAAGCUGCACAGUAAAGCUCAUCUAAUUAAA